ACUCAUUGCUUUCCCCUAUUUGGUGACACUGACAGGGAGAGCAGGGAGACACUCUGUCCUAGAUAUAACACAGACAUCCUUCAGCAAGUCAAAGAGAGAGUCUCACACACACACACACACACACACACACAGAAAGUGAGACAGAGAGGCAGAGAAGCAGACAGCCGGUGAGGCAACACAGACACAAGGACAAACACAAACAGAGACGUGAAGACAGGGGAAAAUUAGAAGGCAGAGAUAGGUGGUGGUGGUGGUGAGAGACUGCCGAAGCAAUGACAGACGAGAGGGAAGCGAGAGAGCAGGAAUAAUGAAGAAGUGGCUGCACCGUCUGCUGCCAGAGGGAGAAACAUGUUAACCAUACAGACGAGAGCAGAGAGGCAGCCACAGAUCUGCAGUGAGAUCUACACAAGACCCCUCCUGAAAUGUCAGAAUGAAGAGUCUUCAGCAAAAAGGCAGGAGAGUUUCGAGGAAAAGUUGUAGUUUAAUAAGCUGUGUCUUGUCAGAGGACAAAAGAAGAUGUCUUAUUUUUCAGAAUUGAUCCACCCUGUUCUGAGGGGUGCAAUGACACUGACAUAUGAUAACAACAAGCAGAAUCUCUGGAGGACAAACAGCAGCUUUUGGAAAAUAUCCAAAGCACAUUGAACACAGGUACUGUUUUAUUUUUUUUACAGAGACCAAAUUAGUUUUACAUCUUGCAAGUUUUCCUAGACAAUCAGGGUCGUACCACUUAUGAUGCACACUCCAGCCUCCAUGGUGAUGGGGAUUGUCUUUGCCCCCUUGGGACUGGUCCUUGUCUUCACUGCUGCCAUCACCCCUCAGUGGAGAGAGGGACAGGCGCGUCUGGGCAUGACGGGGCCAGGGUCGCUUCUACGAUCAGGGGCCAAAGGUCACGGGAUGGGGGUCAGGUCCGGGUCAGCGGAGACUCUGCUCCUUCUGCGGUCUGAUGGACUGUGGGAGAGCUGCCUGCAGGUGGAGCACUCCGAGCUGAAGCAAUGCUGGCCUGUGGCGGGCCCGUACCAGAGGGACCCACGGGUUCGCCUGGCGCAAGGUUUGGUCCUGACCUCCCUGUUCCUGUGUGGCACUGGUAUUGUUCUGGCUUGUAUCGGAGUCCGGUGCUGGACAGAUCUACCUCUUAGAGGUGUAGCAGCUACGGGUGGACUCCUGGUGGUGAUGGCUGGGCUGCUGAGCUUGACCGCCCUCGGGGUGUACACCCACAACCUCAGAAGACUGGGGAUGGUUGAUCCGAGUCAAGGGAUCAACAACCACAGGUUCCCUCACCUCAGCCUGCGUCCGGCCGGCUCGCUCUACUUUGGGUGGCUGGGUUCGUGUUUACAGGUGCUCGGAGGCAGCGCUCUGCUGUUCAGCUUCAAACGACCAAAAUGCCCGACCUGCCCGUCCUGCCCAGAGCUACCUGUCUGCCCCGCGUGUCGCUCAUGUCCAGAGAUCACCAACAAGCCAGACACUGAUGUAUAUGAAGUCACCUGUUAGAGUGUAAACCACAGACUUCAAAGAUUUAAAGACAGCGUGGGUGAAAAUGAACAAAUCUGGACAUGUGUACUUUUCUUAAAAUCACUUCCAGCUCAUCAGCUAGUAAAGCUGCCACUAAAUGAGUCAAUGAAACAAUGACCGUGAACCACAGAACAUUGCCACUCCCUGAUUAAUGGACUCUAAUAUCUGGUGUGAACAUGAUGGAUGUAAUUGCCUCUUGACACAGACAGAAACAUAAUUUCAGUGCAAGGAGUACAAUGAUUGUUAUAGAUUCAUGCAAGAUCGUCAUGGUUGAAAAGAGCUCAAGUUCCCGCUGCCUUCUCAUGUGGUGAAACAUGACUGAAGUAUCUCUUUGUGCUGCCUUUUACAUUGUAGCCAUGCCUUUGUACUGUUAGCAAGAAACAUAACGUCAUUUGUGUCCGAACAAAACUGUGAAAUGUAAAAUAGUUGUGAUACGAGCAGAUUAGCAGUAGUUUUGAUUAUGUUAAAGCUUCAAAUACUUCUAUGGAUGGAAGAGCUAGUGUUAGAUUUCAUUAUGUAGAUUACUACUGAAACUUAAUAAAAACAAUGCAAAUAUGGAAAUUCAUUCCUGAAAAAUUUUCUCCAAAAGAAUGUGCAAUCUGCUUUUUAAUGUUUUUAUUAGUAGUCACUGUAAGCAAUGAAAAAGACCAGUUUUAAAGGUCAGAUUAAUGUAAAGACGUCACAAGUAACCUGCCAGUUUCUUAGCCUGUCCGUCAGGGUAAAAGUUUGUACGAUACUUUCACUAAGGAGCCUUCAUCUAACGAAUGUGACAUUGCCGACUUGAUGACACAAACAGUGAGAAAAGUGUUUGAGGAGGAGGAUGUACAACAGGGUGUUGUUUGUUCUUUGUAAAUUAUUCAUUGGAGUUAACUUGUUAUAGUGUGUUCAUGCUUGGUGGUGCAUUCUGCAUUGAAUAAAGAAUUUCAACAAUA